AUGAAGGGAAUGAUCAAUAGAGACAAAGCCAUUGUUAUGCAAUCAGUUCUGGUCAUCGUUGAGUUAUAUGUCUCCUCCAAAGUGCUAUUCACACCACUUAUCACUCCAUUAUUAUUAGUGCCUCCGAUGUUGUACUCGUCUUCACUGCACAACGAAUUAUUAUUAUUAGACUUGAGAUUAAAGGGUCGUUUCAAAGGAAUUCUACUACAAGAACAGGGAAGAUAUGAAGAAGCGCUGCAAAGUUAUAAAUACGCGGUUCAGUUCCGACCACGACUAGCAAUGGCUCACUUGAAUAUGGGCUUAGUAUUGGUUCAAUUGGGUAAAAAACAAGAAGCAAUCGAUGUCUACAAACACUGCACAACAAUAGACGGGACGGGACUUAAAGAUCCGAAACUACACGAAAGCACCAAAAUAUCGGCGCUCUUUAAUUUGGGGCGCAUUUAUGCCGACGACUCUAACUAUGAGAAGGCGUUAGAGAUAUACUUCGAUGCGAUCGAGAAGAUGCCAAACCACUACCAAACACAGUCUCUAUACAAUAUGGUGGGCGAAGCCUAUUUCAAGUUGGGUCAGCUCACAGAUGCAGAACAUUGGUUCAAACAGUCACUGGCGGCCAAAUCGGAUCACAUUCCGGCUCAUCUCACUUAUGCCAAACUGUUGGCCAAAUCUAAUCGCAUUCAAGAAUCGGAACAAUGGUUCCUAAAGGCCAAACUCUUGGACCCCAACGACCCAAGUGUUUACCAACAUUACGGUCAAUUCCUGUCCGAACAAGAAAGAUAUGAAGAAGCGAUUGAAUUGUAUUUAACAGCAGUAAAACUGGCGCCCAAUGACUACGAGAUUGUCUUCAAUACUGCUAAUACGUUACGUCAUAUUAAGCGCAACGAAGAGGCAGAGAAUUAUUACCGACGGGCGACACGAUUGCGGCCAAAGGAAGCGACGAGUCAUAUGAACUUAGGAGCUAUGCUUCACGUGAAUGGAAAGCUCUUGGAAGCAGAACUCAGUUAUCUGGAAGCGCUUCGCCUUAAACCGGAUGAUAUGAUAACUCAGAAUAAUUUGGCAAAACUGAGACAUUUGCUAAACCAGAAGAGAGCCGAUCUAUAAAAUGCAUUCCAAACCAUAAUAGAAAACAAAACAUUUUCUGUGAGACUAAACCAAAUGGAAGCAAAUUCUAGUCAUUAAUUCAUAUACUAUACCAUAAAUUGUAUUACAUUUUCCAUUGACUUCUAUUUUGAAUGAUUUCUAAUUCCAC